CACGGCCCCUCAGGCAGGAGGCGGGCCCAGCACAAGAUGGCGGCCGGGCGGCUCGGAAGUGACGGCGGGAGGAAGGGCCGGCCCGUUUGAAAGCGCUGCCGCCGCCGGCCCUUUCCCGCCGCCUCCGCCAUGGAGCCGCUGCCCGCAGCAGGAGCUGAGCCGAUGACUCUGGGCUCCCCCAUGUCUCCCAAGCCAGGAGCCAGCGCUCAGUUCCUGCCCGGGUUCCUGAUGGGAGACCUACCUGCUCCGGUGACUCCGCAGCCCCGCUCCUUGGGCAGCCCUUCUGUUGGUGUCAUGGAAAUGAGGUCUCCUCUGCUCGCAGGUGGCUCUCCCCCACAGCCAGUAGUCCCUACGCACAAAGAUAAAAGCGGUGCUCCACCAGUUAGAAGCAUAUAUGAUGAAUUAUCUAGUCCUGGGCUUGGAUCUACACCGCUAACCUCAAGAAGACCAGCCAGCUUUUCCCUAACACAGAGCCCGCUGGUUGGAAAUAUGCCAUCAACCCCUGGAACAGCUUCAAGUAUGUUCAGUCCUGCAAGUAUUGGACAGCCCAGAAAGACUACUCUAUCUCCUGCUCAGCUAGAUCCUUUUUAUACUCAGGGUGAUUCCCUAACUUCAGAAGAUCAACUUGAUGACACGUGGGUAACUGUAUUUGGAUUUCCUCAAGCAUCUGCUUCAUAUAUUCUUCUACAGUUUGCGCAGUAUGGAAACAUAUUAAAGCACGUGAUGUCCAACACAGGAAAUUGGAUGCAUAUUCGAUAUCAGUCUAAGCUUCAAGCCCGAAAAGCCUUAAGCAAAGAUGGAAGAAUUUUUGGUGAAUCUAUCAUGAUCGGUGUCAAACCUUGUAUAGAUAAAACUGUCAUGGAAAACUUUGAAAGAAGCUCUACAUCUUCAGUGUCUUCAGUUUUCACUCCACCUACAAAAUCUGUAGGCACACCAGUACAACCUGCAAAUACUACAAGAAUUUCUACAAUGAGACCUCUUGCAACAGCAUAUAAAGCUUCCACUAGUGACUACCAGGUGGUUUCUGACAGACAAACGCCUAGGAAAGAUGAAAGUAUUGUAUCUAAAGCAAUGGAAUAUAUGUUUGGCUGGUAAUAUACAAGAGGAAGUAACAUACUGAGUUGGUCAGGGUUUGAAAUAUGCGACUGUCAUCAGUGGUUAGUUGUAUAACUACUGGUGUCAGUAUUUUAAUUUGCAUCUCACCUGUUAUGCCUUCAAUGAAUUCAGCAGACAUGUAGCUUGCACUUUAAAUGAUGGCAAUGUACACAUGGUUUUAAAAACUGAAUCCGUGUAAAUAAGUGCUUGUUUCCUGUUUGUGCUCUGAAUGCAUGAUUGUAAAAAUAUAAGCACUGACUUUUCCUCUGUGAUGACUUUCUGUGAAUUACUUCCCAGUAAAGAUGAUGGGCUACUUGCAGGAAGAACGCUAUUUACAGCUGGCUCGGGGACAGGGACGGUUCUUAGUACAUGUGAUUUUAAUUCUAUUUUAGUCUGGGUUCAUUGUUGUUUUACAAUUAUCUGACAUCUUGUUCUAAAUGUCACAGCAACCUUUUAAUUGUUUUAUUAAUAAAGCUAAGUAAAGUUAA